UAGACCAGAAUGCCGUUGGUGAAGCGGAACAUUGAGCCCAGGCACUUGUGCCGUGGGGCUUUGCCAGAUGGGGUGACCAGUGAACUGGAGUGUGUUACCAACAGCACCCUGGCAGCGAUCAUCAAACAGCUGGGCAGUCUGAGUGAGUAUCAUGUGGAUUUUCGGGCCGAGCUGUUUAAUGAAGACACGUUUUAAAUGAGGAUGAAAGCAAGCUGCCAGGAGAGAGUGGACCAGCUGGCGUGCACACAGGAGAACUCGACUCACUGUGGAGUCUCCCUGCAGGAUAUUAACAUGCGGAAGGCCUUUAAGAGUAGCACCAUCCAGGACCAGCAGGUGGUGUCGAGGACCUCCGUCCCCAACCCUGUGGUGGAGAUGUACCACCGCUGUGACAAACCUCCUCCGCUCAACAUCCUCAGCCCCUAUAGGGACGACAAGAAGGAUGCACUGAAGUUCUACACCGACCCCUCGUACUUCUUCAACCUGUGGAAAGAGAAGAUGCUGCAGGCCACCGAGGACAAACGCAAGGAGAAGAGACGGCAGAAGGGCUGUCCGGCCCACCCUGACAGGCCCCACUCCAGACAGGCCCCACCCAGGAGCCCCCUGUCCAUCUCUGAGCAGCAGAAGCAGGUUGAGGACCCGGGCAGAGAGGUGAAGAAGGUGCGUAAGGCUCGUAACCGGCGUCAGGAGUGGAACGUCCUGGCCUACGACAAAGAGUUCAGACCAGACCCCAGGCUCACCCCCUCCCCUUACCAUGGCAUGUCCUCUGAAGGCUCCCUGUCCCCUGAUAGCAGGUCAAUGGCGUCCGACUCCUACCCAGCCAGCCCCAACCACCCCUCCACCCAGGCCCCCAGCGCCGUCCACCCCACCGACCUCCACGCCAGGGACCACCUCAGCGCCGCGGCCCAGACUCAGUCACUGGAUCGGGGUCUCAGGCCGGCAAACCAGCCCCCGGGAACCGGAGGGCCACCGGCGGCAGGGCGACACGCGGCCUCCCUGGGCAGAGCCCCAUCAGGACACGGGGUCCAGGGUGGUGGAGAUCCAACGGUUAACGGGCCGAGGCAGCAGUCGGUUAAGGAAUACCGGGCCGGGCACGGCGGCCAGCCCUCCACCAUCCCAGAGUACUAUAUCCCACCCGCCCCUCCCCCUCCUCCCCCCAACCAUCCCCUCCGCCCAGACAGC